UCGCAGGGGACGAUGGGAAAAACAACCUACACAUCCGGGAAAGUUGUCUGUCAAGACAGGAAUAUUCAAGCCACAGUUGGGACACGGAGUAGCUGUAAAACUAUUCACUUUCAAACUUCGUCUAAAUCAUUAGAUUAACUAAUUUCAUCGCACUUUCUUUUUGAUUUGAUUAAAAUAAGAAUGCUUCUGAAGGUAUUCAGCAGGAUGCAGAUGUGAAGUAAAUCGAGUCUUGAAGCUCUUCCUGGCCCCUGAUACCCUCACAGUGACUCACUGCUGUGUGCUACCCUGUUGUCCCCCUUUGGCUGUCAACCUACAUGUUCUUACAUGAAGAGAGGAGAGAAACCCGAAGGAUAUCGACAGAUGCGACCAAAGACUUUCCCUGCUAGCAACUACAGUGUUAACAGCCACCAAAUGCUGCAGGAAAUUCGGGAGAGUCUCCGGAACAUGUCCCGGCCUUCUGACCCCCCUAAGGUGGACAUGGGGGGUGCUGUUAUAGUGGCGCCUGAAGACCCCAGGCAGCAAGGGCGCUGCAGCAACCCCAGAAACCCCUACCACAAAGCCUUGCAGGAGAUUCGCAAGUCCCUGAUGCCUUAUGCCAAUGAGCCCAACUCUUCUGGACGGACUGCAGAGGUUAACAAACAGAUGUUGCUGGAGCUGCUGUCUGCUGGCUUUGAUGAGGAAAUGGUGAUCCGUGCUCUGAUGCAGACCAACAGUCGCAGCGUGGAGGCAGCCAUAGAGUACAUUAGUAAGAUGAGCUACCAAGACUCUGUGAGGGAGCAGAUGGUGGAUGCCCCCGCCCGCCCCGUCAAUGCAGGCAUGAAAGCCCCUGGUUCCUCUCAUAUCCAGCAGCCUGUGCUGAGGAGGCAGAGCUGGAAGGGUUCCAAGGAGUCCCUGGUUCAGAGACAUGGCCACAUGAGGGUGGAGGGGAUGGUGUACCGUUCAGACAGCCCUGGACCCCAGGGUGACCUGGCAGGACGAGGCCCUCCCCCAGCCUUCCCACAGGGCCACCCUGGCAACAACCAACGGGUCAACCCUCCCCUACCCCCUCAGGUGCGCAGUGUCACCCCUCCCCCAAAUAGGGGUGGAACCCCACCUCCACCCUCCUGGGACAGUAACCCCUCCACCAAGCGCUUCUCUGGCAACAUGGAUUACCUGGUGCCUCGGAUCUCUCCCGUUCCCCAAGGAGCCUGGCCCGAUGGCUACUCAGCCCCCCAGAACCAGAGGGGUAUCAGCCCAGUGCCCAUGGGCCGUCAGCCCAUCAUCAUGCAGAGCUCUGGGGGGAACAAGUUCAGCUUCCCAUCCGGCUGGUCUCAGAACGGCUCCCCUCAACCAGACUACAUGGGACACCAGAGUGGUAGUAGCAGACAACCCCCUCCCCCUUACCCAGUGAACCAGAGCAGCAGACAAAGCCCCACAGCUCAGCAGAUGCAGGCCGGAGGUCCUGCCUCGUCCCCAUCCUACAUCAACGAUGGUAACCUCCCCCAGUCCAUGAUGAUGCCUAACCGGAACAGUCACAAUCUUGACAUGUACAAUCUUGACAUGUACAACAUAGGUGGGCCUCAGUCCUGGACCCAAGCCCCCCUCGUCCAGCCCCAGUCCUCCCCAGGUAGCAGCAACCAGGACAUGUCCCCCUCAUGGCAGCAGCACAGCAUCCCUGUCAGAUCCAACUCCUUCAACAGCCACCAGAUGAGCAACAGGCAGGGCCACCCAGCCAGCUCCCAACCCUCUGCCACCACAGUGACAGCCAUCACCCAGGCCCCCAUCCUGAGGCCCGUUAAGAGUAUGCGUGUGCAGAAGCCUGAACUACACACUGCUGUGGCCCCCACACACCCACCCUGGAUGCACCAUCCCCCACCCUCUCCAUCUCCCACUACCUACCAGGAGCCUCUACCAGCAGCACCCAUGCCCCAUGUACCCAUUACAGUAGCAGAGGUGCCCAGUUACCAGGGUCCUCCACCCCCGUACCCCAAACACCUUCUCCAACAGCCUGCUGCACCCUGCCCUGCCUAUGACCCAGGGCCCAAGCCCAGUACUGGGAGAGAGGAGGCUGCAGAGGAAGAGGAGUGUAGCAGCAGCUCAAAUGACAAGCCAGAAGGCCCAUUCUCUGCUGCCAUGGGAACAGAUAAGGAGAAUAAACAGAUCACCACAUCUCCGGUGCCUAUGCGCCGGAACAACAAAGACGAGGAGCGGCGAGGAGACCCCAGAGUGUCACUCUACUCUCCCCAGGCCUUCAAGUUCUUCAUGGAGCAGCACGUUGAGAACGUCCUGAAGAACCACCAAAUGAGGAUCCAUAGGAAGAAGCAGCUGGAGAGUGAGAUGCAGAGGGUACUUAGAAACACUUACAUCCGUGGACUCAUCGAGGAGGAGGCUGAAACGCUGCUCACCCACAUCUGCGACCAACUUUUUCAGAAAGUUGGGUUGUCAGGUGAUGCCCAGGAGCAGAUGCGCAUGAUGCUGUCUCAGAAAGAGUCCAACUACAUCCGACUGAAGCGGGCCAAGAUGGACAAGUCCAUGUUCAAGAGGAUCAAGACCCUGGGCAUCGGAGCCUUUGGAGAGGUGUGUCUAGCCCGGAAGGAGGACACGGGAGCCCUGUACGCCAUGAAGACGCUGCGCAAGAAGGAUGUUCUCCUCAGGAACCAGGUGGCCCACGUCAAGGCAGAGCGAGACAUCCUGGCUGAGGCUGAUAAUGAGUGGGUGGUGCGGCUCUACUACUCCUUCCAGGACAAGGACAACCUGUACUUUGUGAUGGACUACAUCCCCGGGGGUGACAUGAUGAGUCUGCUGAUCAGGCUGGGCCUCUUCAAAGAGGACUUGGCUCAGUUCUACAUCGCUGAGCUCACCUGCGCCGUGGAGAGCGUGCACAAGAUGGGCUUCAUCCACCGCGACAUCAAGCCAGACAACAUCCUCAUAGACCGGGACGGACACAUCAAGCUCACCGACUUUGGGCUCUGCACCGGCUUCCGUUGGACGCACGACUCAAAGUACUACCAGAGUGGAGACCAUGUUCGGCAGGACAGCAUGGACUUCAGUAAGGAAUGGGAGCAGGACCCAGCUAACUGUCGCUGCGCAGACCGGCUCAAGCCCCUGGAGAGGAGGAAGGCAAGGCAACACCAGCGCUGCCUGGCCCACUCCCUGGUGGGGACACCCAACUACAUCGCUCCAGAGGUGCUGCUCAGAACAGGAUACACCCAACUGUGUGAUUGGUGGAGUGUUGGUGUCAUUCUGUAUGAAAUGGUGGUUGGGCAGCCUCCUUUCUUAACAACUACACCCCUGGAAACCCAGCUCAAGGUGAUAAACUGGCAGACCACCCUGCACAUCCCCCCUCAAGCCAAGCUGAGCCCCGAGGCAUCGGACCUCAUCAUUAAACUAUGCCGCGGCCCCGAGGAUCGCCUCGGCAAGAACGGUGCCGACGAGAUUAAGGUGCAGCCCUUCUUCAAGACCAUCGACUUCUCUAGUGACCUGCGGCAGAUGCAGCCGGCCCCCUACGUACCCACCAUCGCUCACUGCACAGACACCUCCAACUUUGACCCGGUGGACCCAGACAAGCUGUGGAGCAGAGAUAACGAAGUCGAGGGCAAACACAAUGACACCCUCAAUGGGUGGUUCAAGAACGGCAAGCACCCCGAGCACGCCUUCUACGAGUUCACCUUCCGCCGCUUCUUUGACGACAACGGCCACCCCUACAGCUGUCCCAAGCCCAUUGGCAUAGAGUAUGAGGAGGGAUCUGAUGGGGAUGAGGCAGACUCUGAGGCCCCGGCACAGGAGGAGGGAGACCAGGAAGAGAGCCGCAGGGGGGCACAGGGCCGUGAUAUGGUCUAUGUGUAGUAUCUUCUAUGAACAUCUUUGUUCUGCUGGUUUAUUGGUACAUAAUGUCUUUGAAACAGGUUGCUGGUUUGUCAGAGAGCGGGUCAGGAGUUGGGUAUAUGACGUGUGUGUGGACGUGUUUAACUGUUCUUGUGGGGACCAGAAGUCAAAUGCUAUUUCUAUGGGGUUUAGGGUUAAGGUUAGAAUUCGGGUUAGAAUUACAUUAAGGGUUAGGUGCUAGGGUUAAGGUUAGGGAAAAUCGAAUUUUGAAUCGGACUGAAUUGUCCCCCACAAGGUUAGCUGUACAAGACUGUGUGUUCUCAGCCCCUUCUUCUGCGGAACAAUUAGGACCAGAUAUAAUUGUACCAUACAGAACAGAUACAUGGUACACAUAACUACACUACAGUAUAGUCUCUCUACACUACAGUCUGUAGGAGGAGGGUUUAGUCUUUCACACUACAGGUGUAUUCAUGGAGUUGUACAGGGUAAGCUUUAUAUGCUGUCUGACAUUGAACAGACCAAUGAAUUGAAAGCAAAAAUAUCAGGGUGCUCUUCGAAGACUUACAAACCCUGUUUUAAGCCUUCAUUUAUUAAGGAUACUACAAACUGGUGAUGCUAGUUGAUACUCAUAAGUAUGGGAUUUAUUUUUUCUACUUUAUUUUUUGACAAUUGUCUUAAUUUAUAUUUUAAUAGGUCUAUUGCAAUUGGGAUAUAUUAGUGAUAUCACUCUGGUAGAAUUUGCAGGGAUAAGUACAUCUUGAAUUUUUCAUUGCUGUGCCUUUGAUCUUCUGCUCUUUCACCAAAUACUGUAUAGAGGGGCAUUUUAAACUAGACUUAGUUGAUUGAACUAGGGAUUUGUGUAUUUUUCUAAUUUAUACAUAACAUUUAUUUAUAAAUUGUUGUACACAUUUGAUGUAAAUAUUUUCUCUAUCUAUUUGAUUGGUUAGUUGAUAUACAUUAGGGCAGGCCCUCUGCAUUAUUCCCGCAUUAUUCAAAUCUCUUUCCUGUAAUAAUUGGUAGUGAUCAUUCCACUGUCUGUUUCCUUGUUUCUGAAAAAGGCCAAUCUGAAAGGUACCUUUUUAUGUUAUGAUACUAAAGUAAAUGAAGAGAUGGCAUGACUGGGGCCGACAGGCUCCGUUAUGCUAUGUACAGGGCAUUUUCUUCUCUCAUUCACUUCCACAGUAGCAUCUGCCUUCAUCACUUCUGACAUAGUGUCUCAACCAAGCACUAUGCUGUGUAUGUAUGAGCUCACUGACACGUCGAACCUGUUCAUAAAGGACUGAUACCAUACUGAAAAAGGAAUUAUAAAUUGGCAGUCUUUAGUAGCUCAUAGUGGAUAGAUGGGUCACUUCCCCUAUCCCAUAUUUUGCCUUUAUUAGUGACUUGGAAAGAUUUUUUAUGUAGUUGUAAUAUGUACUGUUUUGGUUGAAAUCAUGUAAAGAUUACAUAAUUAGAUUUAUGGUGUAAAUGUUUUGGGAGGGGGAUUGGGAGAAGGGCUAAUGAAUAAAGAAUGUAAAGCACUUCCACAAAUUCCAUUUUCUUGGCCUUUCACACCUGGAACUAUCCAAUACAGGCUGCUCUAUAGUACUCUCCAGGGGUAUUCAACUCUUACCCUAUGAGAUCUGGUGCCUGCUGGUUUUGUGCUCGAUAUGAUAAUUGGACACACCUGGUAUCCCAGGUCUAAAUCAGUCGCUGAACAGUGUUGGGAAAAGUACCAAAUGGUCGUACUUGAGUAAAAGUAAAGAACUUAAUAGAAAAUGAGUCAAGUGAAAGUCACUCAG